AUGGCUGCAAACAAUACAACACUCCAUCAGCAUCAACUGUGGACGUCGCUGCUUAGCACCCAAGUCGGCAUCGCCGUAACCGCGCUGAUCCUCAAUGCAGCCAUUCUGAUUAAGCAUAUUCUUCAACCGUCCAUCAUCACUCAUUUUACAGUAUACCUUUUAGUACUGUAUUUGGCCAACGUGGUGUUUCUUCUCGGCGUGCGUCCCAUCCAAUUUUCUAACGAGAUUCAAGCGGCCGGGCAGUGGUCCUUCGGUCUCGGACUGUGUGUCCUCCACACGUACUUUCAGCGCGUAUUCUCCGUCAUUCCGGUGAUGUCGCACUUGUUAAUCGCGACAGACCGUUUCUGGGCGCUGCAGUUUCCGCACGCGUACCGCCAUCACCGCACCAUAAAAACCUCGUUACUGGUUUGCGCGGGAAUGAUCUGUUACGUCCACUGUUUUGCGCUGCCGGCGUUUAUCGUCCAUCUACCGUUUAUCCACGCCGGGCAUUGCCAACAGUCACCGCAACUACAGGACUGGUUCCGCGUGGAGAAUAUGAUGGACCGAUUUUUACCGCUUAUGCUGAUUCUAGGGAUUUAUGUAUAUAUUUUUAUUAAGCGCUGGCGGAGGCGCAAACCGUUAACGCCAAUGCGUGUGGCUGCCGAGGGAUCGCAGGGAUCCCGGUCGCUGCCGGACAGUUCGCGACGGGCCCUAGUGCGGCCGUUUGUGGUGCUAACGCUGACGACGCUCGGGGUGGCGGUUUGCUGGCUGCCCUUGGAUGUGUUCUUCUUCUGCAAAGUUUACUUAAACUAUGCGAUGCCAGAUACGGUGGCCGCCAGUUUCACGAUUCUGUUCACGUUGCAGAGCGUUUUGAUCCGCUGA